UUGAGUCACUCAACCAAUCAGACGUCAGAGGGUCGGUGACAGGAAGCGCUGUUGUGAAACGCAACAUUGCUCGUUGCACCGUGGAGAGGAUCAAACGCGCUUAUCGAUAGAUCUUCAGCUGUUUCCAGAAGUUUGAAAACUGAAGAUUUGAGGAUUUUCUCUUAUUUGAGGAGAAGCUGCCCGUCGGUCAUGCUGAAAGCUCUGGGACAAGCUUUUUUCUCCACCGGACUGCAGAGUCCUAAAUUCACAGCAGAGGAGCCGAAGGGUCAGGACUAUGAGAUCCGCACCUACCAUCCCACUAGGUGGAUGAGCACCACUGUGAGUGGGAUGCAGGGUGAUGAAUGUACGAGCACCGGCUUCCGCAGGCUCUUCCGCUACAUUCAGGGCAACAACAAAACCAAGACCAAGGUGGAGAUGACGGCACCUGUCACGUGCCGUGUGGACCCUGGAGCCGGCCCCGCCUGCGAAUCUCAGUUUACCGUGUCCUUCUACAUCCCAGAUGAGCUUCAGGAAAACCCGCCUGAGCCCACCGACCCCGACGUGUUCUUGGAGGACCGGAAAGAGUUCACUGCAUACGUCAGGACUUAUGGUGGUUUUUCCAAUGAGAACAUGAAGAGGGAAGAGCUGCUGAAGCUUUUGGAGAGCCUGAAGAGGGACGGCGUCGAAUUUGUCGACAAGCCGUACUACACGGCCGGAUACGACAGCCCCUUCAAACUGACCAACCGCAGGAACGAGGUGUGGGUCCUCAAGAAAGCAGAGCAGCAGUGAAGUUGCGCCUAGCAGCAACUUAACAAACGCUCAGACUAAUGUUUGAAAAGCAUGAGUCGGUAAUUUACCGUUUUAAAGCACUUACUGACGUUGACGACAAGACCAAAUACUUGGAAGAUGCAGCAGUGAUUGGUACUACAUGUCCAGCAGGUGGCGCUAACUGGAUUAAAAAGUGCCUUGAUGUUUUAUUUUUUUGUCUUGCAUAAUUUUUACAUAAUUUACAUGCAUAACAUAAUUUUUGCUUUUGAUUGUGAGUGUUGUUUUACUGGUUUAAAAGGAGAUUUUAUUAACUAACAGAACAAUUUGUUAACAUGUAAUAAAUAUGAAAGGGGCCAGUGUGGUUUUAUAAAGCAUCUGCUGCUAUUGCUCCAUCUGAGAAUAAACAGACCAAAAAUCUUGU